AUGUACUGGCCGUAUGCCAAUGCGCGACGGCUCACCACGGCGCCGGCGGGCAUAGCGCUUGCACACAGCGCCAUCCACAUAGCACCAACACGCGAUGGUGCAUACUGGCUGGCGCUGACUCCCACUGCGCUCCUUGUGUGGUCCGGCCGGCCGUGCGAGCUGCUCGCAGCCCUCGAGCGCAGCGCACAGAGCAUUGCGCAGCACGGGGAAAACGUCUGGGCGGACUGGAACUAUGAUACGAACGCUAUUGUGGUGCAUACUGAUAAAAAUGUGCUGCUUUUUUACGACGUCGUCGCUACAGAGCAGGGCGUGUACAUGUACGGCGAUAGCAGCUAUACGCCCGCAACAGCCUCACUUGAGGCCGCGUUUCAGUACGGUACAGGCGAGUCUAUGCGGCGUGCACUGCAGGGUGUGCAGCUUGUUUUUCACAGCGCCCUGCAAGUCGAUCCCGGAAUUACAAGCGUCGCCGUGCUCGAGGAUGGGCUGCUGCUUGCGACGCGCGCGCCGCCCGCGGUCCAGUUCCUUGGGUGGCCAGGGAGCGAGCUUGCACCAAGCCCAACAACGCUCCUCUCUUCCUUGCCGUGGGUUGCGGAGGGCGCCGUGACAGAUGUGGUGUAUUCGCGCGCGAUGGGCAUGUUUGUAUGGCGUACGCCCACACAUGCCUAUGUAGCAGCAAUGGACGAGCAUGUGUGGUCUGGCACGCAGUUCUGGGACGAUGCUAGUGCGCCUCCGUGUGCGCUCUCGGUCAAUGCACGUUUCAGCCUCCUCGCGCUCGGCCUCGAGGACGGGCGCGUGGUGUUGUUCGAGUUCCAGAGCAUUGCUGAAAAGCCCGCGCAUUCCCAUACGCUUGCGCUUGCACAAAAAACGGGCAAAGUACUGAGCCUUGCGUGGACGCCAGAUGGGUACGCGCUUUUUGUGGGCUUCGAGCGCGGCCUGUCUGUUUGGAGCACGUUUGGCCACCUUCUUUACCACAGCUUCCGCGAGGAUUGGGACACUGCGACACGCACCUUUCGCGACGCAUUUAUGUUUGGCGUGCGCUCUGCAUUUUGGGGCCCGGGAGGCACGGAGCUGUUUGUGGUGUCGACGUCUGCAGAGAGCGAUGCGCUCGUCUACUGCAUUCCGUUUGUGAAAUCCGCCAGUGCGACGCAAAUGGUGCCUGACCAGGCGAGUGUUGCACUCGCCUUGAGCGACGACAGUGUAUUUAUCUACCGCGGGAGCGAGCAGCGCGAGAGCAGCUUGAUCGCGCCCGAGAACGAUGCGUGGCGGCAUGUGCCGCUCCCUGCUGCGUACCUCACCGUGCACUGGCCGAUUCGCUACGCGACGCUUUCGAGCGACGGCCGUUUCGUCGCGAUUGCUGGGCGCCAGGGCCUCGCGCAUUUCAGUUGUGCGUCGGGGCGCUGGAAGCUGUACGAAAGUGCCGCGCAAGAGCAGAGCUUUUUUGUGCGCGGCGGCAUGCUCUGGUUCCAGCAUGUGCUCAUCGCUGCAUGCGACUGCGACGGCGAAGUCCAGCUGCGGCUCUACUCACGCGACCAGCCGCUUUCGAAUGCACACCUGCUUGAUCUCGUCGUGCUUCCCGCAAGUGUCGUGGUCUGUGCGUCGUUUGAUACCAGUUUGCUCGUGUACACGACGGACAAUACUCUGUACCACUACCUGGUCACGCCUACCAAAGAACACAUUCGCCUCAAGCUCGCAGGAAGCAUCUCCUUCGACGGGAUUGUCGGCGAACCUGCGCGUGUGCGCGCCAUGAGCUGGAUGAUCCCACCGACGCAGCAGACCCUCGGCAAUCCAGCCGACGACUUGCGCGUCGCGAGCAUCAUUUUUCUUAUCGACGGCAAGCUCGUGCUCUUGCAGCCGUCGCUUGCAGACGAGGAAAGUCUCAGCUACGACCUGCAAAUUCUGCACCACCAAACCGAGAUCUACUGGACGAAUCUGCAAGGACGCGGGCCACUGCACAACUCGCUGUGGGGCUACGACGGGCACAGUCUGGCCGUUUGGCCGGACGUGCUCACCAUGCUGCAGUCGGGGCAAUUUGCCUCGAGCGCCGCGCUGUCGCUGCACAUGUAUCCUGUAUGUAUCCUCCUUGCCUACGGCGUCGUGCUCGGCGCCGAAGCGUGCGCCAGCGUGCGCCGCACGCUGGAUACUGUCACGUUUCGCCAGCGUAUCCAAACAGCCCUCUUUCUCGACCAGCUCCUGCGUGUAUACCUCGACGAACGCAGCGUUGAAGAAGCUGUGGAGAUUGCCGCGCCGUUUCGCCACCUCGGCUACUUUGCGCAUGCACUCGAGCGCCUCUUGCACGCGGCGCUCGAAGAGGAGGCUGACCGUGCAGAGCCCAAUCCACACGCUUUGCAAAACAUUGUCCAUUUCCUCGACCACUAUCCCCAGUCGCUCGCUGUGAUUGUGCGCGCCGCGCGAAAAACCGAGGCUGCGCGCUGGCCGUACCUGUUCCGCGUGGUGGGGCGCCCACAGACGCUGCUGCGCCACGCACUCGAAGCUGGAGACUGGGACACUGCUCGGAUAUACCUGCUGAUCGUGCAUGAGCUGGAGGACGAGGAAACAGCGGUGCAGCUCAACGCCGCCGUCCUGCAUCAGCUCGAGUCGCACAGGGCGUGGGACGCGCUCAAAGAGCUGCUUAGCUUUUUGCGCUCUGUCGACGACGACGGAAGCAUGCUGCACGUCUCGCUGCAGGCCGCGAGCCCUUUCUUGGAGCUGGGCUCGCCGCUCUUGGGCGGCGCGGCGUGCGCGUCGUUGCGCACGCCGCCGCGCACGCCUUCUCAAACACGCUCAACGCCGCCACUGCCCCUUAUGCACUCUGUACAUACUUUGCAUCAAGCAGCGCGGCGGGCGUCCAUGACACUCUCGCCAUCGGCCAUGCCCAUGGUCCAUGCCAAUGGCCGGAUCGUCAUGGGCACGCCCGGGCACAGUGCCUCGCCGCGUCCGUAG